UUCAGUGACAGUGGAUUUCUCCUCCUCGCUCUGCGUCAUUUACUUCAUUUUAUUCACAUUUAUUUUGCAAAAAACAUCUCGCCGAGGCGCUGGUGCGGUGUCGCUGCCGUUUACCUCCUCGCUCGCAGCCCGUUCGGAGUCGCUUUUGGAUGAUUUAUUUUGGACGUUUAGAGAGCGCUGAUCCGUCGGCCGACGCUAAGACCUGUGAGCUUUAAGGAUAAGAUUCUUAUUUAGAAACUGUUAUAUAAACCGGUGAAUACUGGCCGUAGUGAGCGCGCGUUUCUCCGCUUCGUUUAACCGCGUGUUGUUUCUCUCCUGUAAUUCUGUUGUGCAAAGACCAUUCCCGUCCGUGUUCAUGCCAGAUCUGCAGCGCUUUAGUUUCCCAUACCAUAGCAUGAAUCCUUUGUUGGGGGCCAACGCGCAUCUCCAACAGCAUUCGCAGCAGGGUGAGGCUCCCGGACACCCGGACUCUCCUUCGGGGAUCCUGCCCGACGCCGUUUUCGGUGGACCGGACCCGACGUCCUUUUGGCUGGGUGAGCAAUCCGGGCCCGACCAUCCGGGGCCUGACUUCACCGCACCCUCGCAGGCGUCACUUUACCUCCCCCACAACCACGGCCACUACCACCGGCGUGCUGUGUCGCAGCCCCCUGCCGCCAUGGCUCUCAGAAACGACCUGGGAUCCAACAUCAGCGUCCUCAAAACGCUCAACCUGAGGUUCAGAUGCUUUCUAGCAAAAGUGCACGAGUUGGAGCGAAGAAACAAGAUUUUAGAGAAGCAGCUGCAGCAGGCGCUGGAUGCCAACAAAAGCUGUCAAGGUGGAUGCUGUGAGAGCAGGGGGCAUACCCAGGAGGCAGGUGUGCAGACUGGAUUUGUCGGGACCCUUCCCCUGAGGCCCGGCUCCCUUCCCUUCCACAACACCAACAACUCGGCAAGGAGGCCGACAACACAGUUCACACCGCCACUCGCUUCAAUCCUGUCACCUGCUGCUGCAGAAAACUCAUCCCAAAUAAAUGCCACUUAUUACCCGGCCAUCACCAUCAGCCAGGCCUCUCCCUGUGCGGAGUCCCCGGGCUCCGGCUCCAAGACUUUCUGCAGCACCAGCGCAGGUCCAGGGAGCUGCGCCAACCCUCCGCCGCGGUUUCUACCGGGCACCAUCUGGUCCUACAACCACACACGGCGGUUUGGCCCCGGUGGCGACCGUCUGACCAGCCCGGGGGUCCCCUGGGUGCAGCCGGACGGAGUCGGGGUCCAGAUUGACACCAUCACGCCUGAGAUAAGAGCCCUGUAUAACGUCCUGGCCAAAGUGAAGAGGGAGAGAGACGAGUAUAAACGCAGGUGGGAAGAAGAAUACACUAUGAGGAUGGAUCUGCAACAGAAAAUAGCAGACCUACAAGAGGACCUGCAAGAGAGUGAAGGCUGUCAGGACGAGUUGGCUGUCAGAGUGAAGCAGCUGAAGGCUGAGCUGGUUCUCUUCAAAGGCCUCAUGAGUAAUAACCUGUCGGAUUUGGACAGUAAGAUCCAGGAGAAAGCCAUGAAGGUGGACAUGGACAUCUGCCGCAGGAUCGACAUCACAGCUCGCCUCUGUGACGUCGCUCAGCAGAGGAACUGUGAAGAUGUGAUCCAGAUGUACCAGCAGGUUCCUAACCCAUCAGCCCUUCACUGCCGCCGGAAACCAACCCCUCUGUCGUUCCCCGGCAGCGAGGGCGAUGACCCCGUCAGCACCUCUGAAAGUGACGGGGGAGGGGUCAAAGAUGGAGACAACUGUGGCUCAUCGGCCAAUCAGAUCAAUGAGGAGAUGCAGAGGAUGCUGAACCAUCUACGUGAGUGUGAGUUUGAGGAUGAUUGCGACAGCCUGGCCUGGGAGGAGACUGAAGAGACUCUGCUCCUCUGGGAGGACUUCCCAGGAUGCACUCUGCCACCUGACCCCACCCACCCACCAGGAGAGGAGGACUGUCUGGAAAAGGUGAUAAAUGACACUGAAUGUCUUUUCAAGUCCCGAGAGAAGGAAUACCAAGAGACAAUUGACCAGAUUGAGCUGGAAUUGGCCACAGCAAAGAGUGACAUGAACCGACACCUCCACGAGUACAUGGAGAUGUGUUCGAUGAAGAGAGGCCUAGAUGUUCAGAUGGAGACCUGCAGGAGACUCAUCACACAAAGUGGAGACAGUGACUCAGCGGCGCCCGUGGCGGCUGAGGACGGGGACCGGAGGGAAAGCGACAGGUCCUCAUCAUCACCGCCGCCCUCUUCCUCGAGUGCUAGAAGAUCUUGACACUUCCUCAAUUCGGCAGCAACGGAGGCUGUGCUCCCAUGACCUGCGACGCACCUAACGCUACAGUAACACGCUGAUGCAAUACACGCCUGUAACUAUGGCAACACCAUGUUUACACAUGAACCUUUUCAUUUGCAGAGUAUUCUUGUUAGCACUUCUUUCUCUCCAUUCAAGUCAGCUUCGGUCUGGGGAGAAUUUUCAGAGCUGAAACUAGGAAUGAGUAUCUUUAUCUUUAAGAAGAGGUCUUCUUAUUGUAGGACCUAUAUGACGUAGUUGAAUCUUAUAACGUCCUUUCAGAUUCAGAAAGGAUCCUGAAUCUAGUGUAAGUUAACGUGCUGAUGUGCAGUACUGCAUGCUACUGGAAAGCAUAGCAUGACUUAUUCACUCCCAACACAGUAAGAAAACACUUGAUAACCAGAGUAUCUGAAGCCGAUCAAUGUUGUAAAGUCACUGGAUCCUUGUGAAGUCAACUCUGUUACAGGCUCGUGGUUAUAAAACUAUAACUAAACAAAGACAAAAAGGGGAUAGCUGGGGUCUUGAAGUAGAGGUCUUUCUGAAGUGUAUUUAUUAAUUUCAUGGGUCUGUUUUAUAUUGAUAAUCAUGAGCUUGAGUCUUUAAAGUCUAAUAAGAUGUCAUGAUCCAGUAUUUUGCUGCCUUACAGCUGCAGAUUCAGAGCUUGCUUUCUGUCAGUGUAGAAACCAAUUUACCCACAAGCAAAGCAACCCUUAUUUAAUGAAUAACUCAGAACAUCUCUGCUUUAUUUAGCAACGCAUUAAGUGACAAAAUUAUCAAAUAAAUGACCUGCUCCCUCUAGGAUAGGAUCCUAAAAAAAGUAAAUCUGCUGUAAAUUACCUGAAUGUAACCAUGUUAUUUAUUAAGACGGGCUUUAAACUUAGUGGCUUAAACACAGGUAACGUUUGUGUUGUUAUUAUUAGCCACUAACACCAAUGCCCGCAGGUAUUGUUGAAAAGAAAUCAGAAAAUAUCCGAGAUGAGCACUGACCAAGUCAUUUAAAACAUUUCAUAACAACGAAUUGUCUGAAAUACAUUGAACGCACCUGAAGCUGAUUUAGAGCCAAAGUUGGGUCUCCAUUGCCCUUUGGCAAUAAUAAUACGCCUGCCUGUUAUGUAGAUGUAACUAAUUAGUUUUAUUUUCAGCAGUAUUGUCUGAGGUUAGAGUUAGACCUGGAUGGUUUGAGCAGUGCUGUUUGGCUGAAUAACUUAAAAGAAAGUCCAAAAUAGAGUAAGUUAGCCAUUUGGUGCCAACAUAUAAUGGCCCGAUUGUAAAUAAGCAGAAAGCUGCUGUUAAAUAAAUAUAGCUGCGAAAAGCUAAUUCACCAAGGUGCUUGAUGUAUAUAAACGAAACCUAUUUUUGAGCCUGUUUGCACAUAGAAAGGAAGAGCAAAGCAGAAAUGUAUAUGAAGCAAUCACCACUGCUAUUUGUAAAACACGUAACAGAAAGAUGUCAACAUGC